UUAAAUAUGGUGAAAGGCCUUUGUAGCUUUGUUGCCAAUUUAUAAAUUAGAAAAAAAUUAAUUUUUCAUUUUAAAUCCGUUUGUUAUGGUGUAACAUAUUUUUAUAAUUAUUUGUUAUGAUACUAAGUACAUUGUAAUUAAUUCGUCGAUUAUUUUCCGUGCAUUAUGUUACCUAACGACCAGGGCAACUGCAGUCCUGCGAUUAAUAAAAAAACAACUGACGGUGAUAAUAAUGCUUUAGAAAAUGGUCAUCAAUCAAUAACUAACCCUGGAGCAAAAAAAUCAUGGUCUGAAAUUCGACAAACAGUGUGUGACUUUCGUCAUCGUCUUUCUACUGUAUCAGUGAUGUCUAUUUCGCAUGUGUCGUUUAGACGGUUACAAAAUGGAAAAACAAGGGUUUAUUUUCUUAGUGCUCCUGUAAAUGAAUUUGAAACUCUUCUCUAUGUUGAUUUACCAAAUCAAAGUGUUGCUGGUCAAUUGCCAUGGCAACCUUUAAUUGAAUCUAAUUUCCCAAGUGUGAUAAUGAGUGGUCGAUAUUCACGAGAAGAACAGCUAUUAUCUGAAAGAAAACGAUUAACUACAUUUGGAAUUACGUCCUAUGAAAUAAAUAGUGAAUCUGGUAGAAUUGUUUUCCCUGCUGCUAGUACAUUAUUUCAAUGUAAUGAUAAUGAAUACUCAACAAAUUCAUUAUAUCCAACCGAAUUAAGAACAAAUGCUUCUGGAGCUAAGCUUUCACCUCAAAUUUGUCCAAAUAAUAUUGAUAUUGUUGCAUAUGUUUGUAACUUUGAUAUUUGGGUAACUCAUAUAGCUACAGGUAGUACCAAAAGAUUGACUUAUGCUCAUAAAGGCGGACGGUGUUUAUCAGAUGAUCCAUUGGCAGCAGGUGUACCUUCCUAUGUAAUGCAAGAAGAAUUUAAUCGAUAUCAUGGUUAUUGGUGGCAACCCAAAAAACAUAAAGAAGAUAAUGUCUACAGGAUUUUAUAUGAAGAAGUUGAUGAAAGUGAAGUAAAAAUAUUCAAUUUUCCCUCAUCAAAUUCAGCUGGUAGUGGUGAAAUUGAACAAUAUAGAUUUCCUAGAGCUGGUACUGCUAAUUCUAAGUCUAAUAUAAAACUAGUAGAAUUCCAACUUGAUGGAGAAUGUCAAAUUAUUAAUAUAAAAAAUAUGGAACUUCAAUAUCCAUUGGCCCAUAUGUUUCCUUGGAUGGAGUACUUAGUUAGAGUUGGAUGGACACCUAAUGAUGAUUUAAUAUGGCUUCAAGUUUUGGAUCGAAGACAACAAAGGCUUGAAUUGAUGAUUCUAUCUAUUGAUAAUUUUAUUGAACAUUCUUCUUCUAAUAUAAUAAAUUCAUCACAUAAUUCAACUUUUGUUCCACCUCAAGUUAUAUACUCACAGACUUCUAAUGUCUGGGUCAAUGUUCAUGAUCUUUUAUAUAUAUUCCCCAUUACAAGUAGUAGUGAAGUAACCAUGAUUUGGGCUACAGAAGAUACAGGAUUUCGACAUUUAUACUUAAUCACCAGUAUAAUAACAAAGGUAUCUCACGAAAACGGCAUACAGAAUGUAGAUCCCAGUGAAAACAACAUGAUGAUGUCUAAACUAGCAUUAACCAGUGGAAACUGGGAAGUAUGUGGUAAAGGACUUUGGGUUGAUUUAAAGUACCAAAUAGUGUAUUUUAUGGCUGUCAGAGAGUCACCUUUAGAAAAACAUUUAUAUGCAGUAUCAUUAAAGAGCCCUGGAAACAUUAAACUGCUUACCAAACCAGGCUACUCUUAUGAAAUUGAUAUUGAUAAGAAUUGCGAAAUUUGUGUGGCUGUCUAUAGUAAUAUAAGAAAACCUCCUUCUUGUCAAGUUUUUCGAAUAGAACAUAAUGAUAUGACUAUUGAUGGUAUACAUUUAAUAUCAGUUGGAUUUUUAGUUGAAAAUUCUGAAAUUAAUAGUGUUCUUCAGAGCCCUACUUUAAUUACACACCAAAUUAGUUCUGGAGAUGUAUUAUUUGCUAUGGUAUUCAAACCCCAUAAUUUUGUACCCGGUCAAAAAUAUCCUACUAUUCUUCACGUAUAUGGUGGACCUGAAGUACAACUUGUAACUAAUACAUUUAAGGGUGCACGGCAUAUCAGAAUGCAUAUGUUAGCAUCUCAAGGCUAUGUAGUCAUUGCAAUCGAUUCUCGAGGCUCAAGACAUAGAGGUUUAAUUUUUGAAAGUCAUUUAAAAGGAAGAUUAGGCACUGUAGAACUUUCAGAUCAAAUAGAAGUUCUUCAGUGGUUAGCUGAAUACCUAGGAUAUAUAGAUAUGAAUCGGUUAGCGAUACAUGGAUGGUCAUAUGGGGGGUAUCUAAGUCUUAUGGGACUUGCUACUUAUUCAAAUAUUUUCAAAUUAGCUAUUGCUGGAGCACCUGUAACAUCGUGGGCAAUGUAUGAUACUGGGUACACAGAACGGUACAUGGAUUUGCCACAAUAUAAUUCUGCUGGAUACAUGAAUGGUUCUGUCUUAAGUUAUGUCAGUCGUUUACCAGAUGAGGAGAACAGAUUACUUAUUAUACAUGGACUAAUUGAUGAAAAUGUUCAUUUUUCUCAUACCAGUUUACUGAUCAACACACUUGUAAAGUAUGGAAAACCUUAUCAACUUCAGAUCUACCCAAAUGAAAGACAUAGUUUAAGAAGUUUGGAUGCAACAAAACAUUAUGAUGCUACAUUUUUAUCGUUUUUACAAAACUAUUUAUAACUUUCUACUUGAAAAUGUAUUGUUAAUUUAUUAUUAUAAUUAUUAUUUUGUUUACAAAACUAAUUUAUUGUUAAAUCUAGUUAAUUUUUUAUUAA